AUGGGUUCAAUCGGUCAUCAAGAGGAGCCCGCAUCCUGGCAGAUAAAGGUUGCUGAAAAGCAAAAACAAUCAUUCGCUGCCAUACCCGAGGCAUGGCGUCUGCCAGAAUCGAUCACUAAGGGACUGUCAUACCCUUUGGAAGAGAAGCCGAACCGUUUGAUCGAACUUGAUAUUCCCCGAAAGUCAGGUAUCCUUUCUGAUAAGGAAUUGGAAAUUACAGAACAAAACACAGUUGCUCAACUGCUAUCAAAGCUAGCGUCUGGAGGACUGACGUCGGUCGAAGUGACACUGGCGUUUUGCAAACGGGCAGCAAUCGCACAACAGCUGACUUCAUGUCUCACAGAGAUCUUCUUUGACGAUGCACUGAUAAGAGCCGAGUCCUUGGACAAAAGAAGAGCAGCGGGUGAACCACUUGGUCCACUACAUGGCCUUCCCGUCAGUCUGAAAGAUGGUUUUCAACUGGUUGAUAAGGAAGCAAGUAUCGGAUAUGUCUCCUUCCUAGGGAAUAAGUCGGUGAAGAAUUCACCCUUGGUAGACACACUACUCAACCUCGGUGCCGUACUUUAUGUCAAAACAAACAUACCUAUGACGCUCAUGACCGCUGAAUCGCACAACAACAUCUUCGGUCGUUGCCUGAACCCUCACAAUACCGCGCUCAAUGCCGGAGGCUCAAGUGGAGGAGAGGGUGCACUUGUGGCAUUUCGAGGCUCACCAAUAGGUGUUGGGACGGAUGUGGCAGGCAGUGUCCGUAUUCCAUCACUGUGCUGCGGUACGUAUGGAUUCAAACCAACUUCCAACCGAGUCCCGUAUGGUGGGCAGGCUAUUCCGGGUCUUGCUGGAUUUAAGCCUAUUGUUGCAUCCGCAGGUCCGCUCGCAAAUGAUUUUGCAGCACUCGAAAUAUUUACUAAAGCUGUCGUGGACUCGACCCCGGCACUGCUUGAUUCAACUGCAAUUGAUGUACCCUGGCGGAAACUUGACCAACCGAAGAAAUCCGGCUUGCGGUUCGGCCUGGUACCAGAGGAUCCAGCCUACCCAUUACACCCUCCGAUUAAAAGAGCGCUCAAGGAAGCAGUUGCAAAAAUCCAAGCUCAGGGUCAUGAAGUUGUGACCUUGAGGUCAGAUGAGACCAGGACAUCUGAUGCUAUUGAGGUUGCGUUUGAAUUGUUCAGCCUGGCGCCAGGUACCGCCAUUCGACAUAUCCAGGCAAGUGGUGAGCCUCCAGUACCCUCAGUUGCGAAGAACCUCGGACCUGCAAAUCAGGGAAAGUAUUCAUAUGUCACAAAUCUCGAAGACUUGGACACGCUGCAUAAAUUUGCCGCAGUCAGUGUGAAGCGUGCUGAGUUUGUUGAAGCCUGGCGUAAAAUAUGGGUAGAGCACAGAUUGGACGCCAUCAUCGCUCCUUCCGCUCAGAAUACGGCAGUGCCACAUGAUACUUUCGGAUUCCCACCAUACACCUGCCUGUUCAAUCUUUUGGAUUAUCCUGCAUGUGUGAUACCAUACUCAAAGGCAUCAAAGGAACAAGACAAUGUUCCACUGACCAUUCAAUCAGGCCAGGCGGGACCAAAUUAUGAUCCCGUAGUUUUCGACGGCGCCCCGUGCUCAAUUCAAGUAGUCACAAGGUCCAUGCGAGAUGAAGAAUGUCUCGUCGCGGCCGGAGUGGUGGACGCUUGUCUCAAGUAG